AUGGGUUCCAGCGGGUUCACCCCCAUCCAAAACCUCCCGCCCGAGCUCCUCCUGCACAUCUUCAGCUUCCUCGACAAACCCCCACCCUCCUCCACCCGACUCAACAACCAACCCAGCCGAACCAUGUUCAAGAACCGAGAGAUCUACCGCGACUACCCCCUCAAGCAAAUCUCCCUCGUCUGCCGGCACUGGCGCGAAGCCAUCACCCCCUCCCUAUUCCGCCACAUCCUCUGGACCGCCAACUCCUUCCUCGAACUGACCAUCGCCCCCUACAGCCAGCCCCCCAACAACCCCUUCCUCGUGCUCCCCCUCCUAAACUUCCUCCACACCAACCGCCUAUCCCGCUACGUCCAGACCUUAACCGUCAUUUUCCCGCCCGAACCAGCCCCCGGCAGACCGCAAUGCCGCAAACCGAACAAUGUCAUCCGCGUGCACCGGUGCAGGCGCCAUGCGGACGGCCGCAAGAUCCGGUGGCCGGAACGCUCGCGUGCCCAUGACAUUGACCAUAACUGGCUGUGGGAUUUCAUGUUCCGCAGGAUGGGGAUGAAUUUGACGCGGUUGACGUUUGUGGCGUCGGCGCAGACGCUGGGGUUGUUGUUGGGGGUGAGCGUGUAUGUCAAGGACGCGUAUUUGGUUGCGCCUGGGGAGGCUUUGCAUGUUUUUUCGUUGUCGCGGCCGAAACCGCUGCAGAAGGCUCCUACUGAUGUUGAUGGUGACGCUGAUAUGGAUGUUGAUGCUGACGCUGACGAUGAAAACGCUGACAACGCUAACAACAACGCCAUAGUCCCAGCAACAAUCAACUACCAAUGCGACCAAUGCGGCCACCAAGCCACGCACGCCCACACAACCCUCCUGCACAUCCAACCCUGGACCACCCUCCUCCUCAACGAAAACCGGCCCCUCGCCGCCGGCGUCGCCCAUCGCCAAGGCCGCUACCUCUACCCCUCCAUCAUGCCCGCCCUCAUCCUCGGCCUCUGCCCGGCCCCACCCCCGGAACCGCAAACUCUCAUCCCCGGGGGGCCGACCCUGGGCCCGGGGACAUGGCCCGCGACGCUGGACACGCUGCAUUACACGGUGCUGUACCCGCUGCUGGCCGUGUUCCAGGGGAUGUUGGCGCGGUUCCCGGCGAGGCCGUUCCGGAAUUUGGUGUUGCGGAUGGCGCCGACGGAGCACGUGAAUGUGCCGCGGUGGCAUGGGUGGUAUGAUGGGUGGUUUAUGAGGCAUAUUGAGGAGUUUAUGGUGCGGGUGGCGCAGGAGGGGGAUGCGGCGGCUGCUGCUGCUGCGGGGGCUCCGCCUGUUCUUGGGUUUGGUGGUGUGCCGGUGACGCCGGUGCAGUGGGACGUGAGAAGGGUGCGGUUGGAGGGGAUGACGAGGUUGUGGGGGUACGACGGUGUGCCGGCUAAUGCGAUGGGGUUUGGGCAGAGACCGCCGCUGCAGGGGUGGACGCCCUCGGGGGUGGGCGAGUACACGAGGACAUAG